CCCAUUGCACCGGUAAAAGACUUCACAAACACAUACAUUCAAUCUCCCUUCUCUCUCUCUCUCUCUCAACGCCAUCUUCCUCUUCUUCCAAGCUCUCUCUUUUCUUUCGUCUCCUUGGGAUUUCUUUGGGUUUUUAUUUAUGGACAAAGGAUGGGGGCUUACCCUUGAUUCUGAUCCUGGAACUAAAUUCUUCCCCAACAAGACCAAUUCCGGAGGACCUUUCUUCAGGUUGAAGCAACAGCGAGACAUGUUUCAGUUCCCCGUUAGCCUUGCUGGCUUCAGGGAGGACCAUCAGGGCACCUCCUCGUCCUCCUCGCCUUCUGGUCAGGAGAAGCGACCGGUGGCUGUUGAUGAGGUCGAUUUUUUCUCUGAUAAGAAAACCAGGGUUGUUGUUGGUGGGGAUGACAAAACGGGUACUGUCAGCGUCAAGAAGGAGACUUCUCAUGGUGAAGCCGCUCCAGGCUCUGAUUUGGAUGUAAAUACCGGGUUGCAUCUUCUCACUGCUAACGCUGGAAGUGAUCAAUCAACGGUUGAUGAUGGGGUAUCGUCGGAUAUGGAAGACAAGCGAGCCAAGAAUGAGCUAGCGCAAUUGCACGUGGAGUUACAACGUAUGAAUGCUGAAAACCAGAAGUUGAGAGACAUGCUUAGUCAUGUCAGCAACAAUUACAGUGCUCUUCAAAUGCAUCUUGUUACCUUAAUGCAACAGCAAAGGAAUCAGGGAGCCGAAAGCACCCAAGAACAUGAGGUUCGACAAGGAAAAUCUGAAGAGAAGAAACACGACGUGAUAGUGCCUAGACAAUUUAUGGAUCUAGGCCCAUCAGGCACAGCUGAGGCAGAUGAGAUGUCUCAUUCUUCAUCAGAAGAAAGAACACAAUCAGGGUCGCCUCCAAGCAACGCUGAAAUUGCAUCCAAGAAUUAUGUCAAGAGCAAAAAUGAGAUUUCUCAGUUUGAUCAGGAGACUUCUAGUUUCCGCGAUGGCAAGAGAAUUGGUAGAGAAGAAAGCCCGGAAUCUGAGGGCUGGGGUCCUAACAAAGCCCAAAAGUUGAAUCCUGCCAAGCCAGUUGAUCAAUCCACUGAGGCCACCAUGAGGAAAGCUCGUGUUUCAGUUCGAGCUCGAUCAGAAGCUCCCAUGAUCACUGAUGGAUGCCAAUGGAGAAAAUACGGACAAAAGAUGGCAAAGGGAAACCCCUGUCCUCGAGCUUAUUACCGAUGCACUAUGGCAGUUGGUUGUCCUGUCCGUAAACAAGUUCAACGCUGCGCGGAAGAUAGAACAAUCUUGAUAACAACUUACGAGGGCAACCACAACCACCCUCUUCCUCCUGCUGCGAUGGCAAUGGCAUCAACAACAGCAGCAGCCGCUAGCAUGCUGCUUUCAGGGUCGAUGCCCAGUGCAGAUGGGAUCAUGAACCAAAAUUUGCUAGCCAGGGCAAUCCUUCCAUGCUCCUCAAGCGUGGCAACGAUUUCAGCUUCUGCUCCAUUCCCAACUGUAACAUUGGACCUUACACACUCACCAAACCCUUUACAAUUCCAAAGACCUCCCACCCAAUUCCAAGUCCCUUUUCCAGGCCAACCCCAGAACUUUGCGUCUGUAGCAGCCCCUCAAUUGCCUCAAGUCAUUGGUCAAGCACUGUAUAAUCAGUCAAAGUUCUCAGGCUUACAGUUGUCUCAAGACAUGGGGUCUGCACAGUUAGGCCACCAAGUGCCACAUCCACAACUGCAGCAGCCUCAACAGCCCACACUGGCUGACACAGUAAGCGCUGCCACGGCUGCCAUCACUGCUGAUCCCAGCUUCACCGCCGCUCUCGCAGCCGCCAUCACCUCCAUAAUUGGUGGUGGUGCUCACCCAAAUAGUAGCAGCAACACUUCCAACAACAACAACAACAACAGCAAUGCCAACACCACCACAACCAGCAGACAAUAAAACUCAGCGGUUUUUCCGUGGAAAAUUAAUUAGAGACAACCUUUUUAACCUCUUGUUAUUAAUUUUUUUUUCGAUGUUCUUUCAUUGGGGGAUGAGAAGGAGAUUACAUGUUUAUAUUUUUUGUACUUUGCUGUGGGAGAGGGGUUAGAAUACGUACACAAGCUUCAUUCUUUCUUAUCAUUGUUUCACUUUUGAAUAAUUUCAUUCAGAUUUUCUCAAAGUAAAUAUACAAAAAACAUGAGCAUAAUGUCCUUUUUCAGUC